CCCUCUUACUUAUAACUCAAAAAACUCCAAGAAAGUCCUCACCAUUAUUUCUUCAAUUUCAAUUUUUUCUUUCUUUCUUCAACAACUAUCAAUUAUGUCUUCUUUGUUGACUUCUCAAGGUGUUGUAUUUGCCACAGCCAUGGCUGUUUCUGCUGGCACUAUGAUCCUUUUUGCCACUUUUCGUCUUCAAAAAACUCAAGAAUUCUCCUUCAAUUCAAUUUCCAAUAUCCCUCCUCGAUCUUGCAUAUCUGCAGAUGGGAAGAAGAAGGAGAAGAAGAAAAAGAAGGUGAAAUUUGCAGAAGAUGUGGUUGAGCCAAGUGGAAAUAGUGAAGAAUAUAGAAAGCUUCGUCAUUUUAAUAGUAAUAAUAAUACUAAUAAUAAUUUCCGUCAUGAAAAUAAAGACGAAGUCUUUUCUUCUUUCUCAAAUUCGAAUUCAAAUAAAUUAAACAAGAGGGAGAAAGUGGAAGAAAUGCCGGCCAAUCGGGCCGCCCUCUACAAUGCUAUGCUCAAGGGUCGGGUCAUCAACCGGGUCACUUAUUCCUAUUAAUGAUCCAUUUGGGCUCGCAAUUAUUAUCUAAACUAAUUUAUGUACAAAUUACUUAGUCGUACUUUUUCUUAACCAUCUAUUUUAAGAUGUAAACUCAUGACCUUUAAUUGAAGGUGAAGAGAUCAUAUGCAUUUCAUGACUGGAAUGCUUGAAUUACGAUGAAAGGUAAAUAGUUUUUUUUUUUUUUAGGAUUUAAGGAAAAAAGGAGGAGGUGGUGGUCCAUGUGCUCAUCAUGUGGGAGAGUAGUUUUAAUUAGGAUUUUUUUUCCUUUUUAAUUCAAGGAUUUUGUGUAACUUUUUUUUUAUGUGUAUUUUGGGGAAAAUUUGUAAAAGGGGGAAAUAAUUUACAUGUAUUUAAUUUGUAUAGAAGGUGAUUUUUGAGUACAUGAAGGAUGUGAAUUAUGACCAAGAUUGAGUCAAUUCAAGUGGGUUGACCCAUUUUCAUUGUAUAUUAAAGCUGCUUCAAACGGAAAAAAAGAUUUAUUAAAUAUACUAA